AUGUCUUGGACUUAUCAGCUCCUGGGCCAACCUGCCUCCGUUGAUGACAACCUGGAGAUGCAGAAAGGCAAGUCGGCUGGAACUUGGCCAAUGCGUACACGUCUGGUAACGAGGCUGCUGCUACGAGCAAUCCUCUUCUUGCUGGUAAUCGCUGCUGCCAUUUACCUCUAUGCAACAUUCCUCGCAAUCGAUAGCCCCAAAGCCCGCCUCUUGAAAGCGGCAAGCGGUCCUCUUUCCGAAGUAACAUUCUCCGAUGGACAAGAUCUGGCGAGUGGACAACGGCGAUUCGUGGUUGUCAUUCCCGCAGACAGCCCAAAUCCAAACUUGUGCAAGCUCAUUACCAGUGCAAUUGCGUUGGGAUACCCAAGCCCAGUUGUUGUCAACUGGGAAGAGACGUCCUACAAAGCCGAGGGCGGGUUUUGGGGCCCUUAUCUGGGCAAGAUUUCCGGCACUUUGGAAUACUUGGAUCGAGUUACGCUUCCUGACGCUAAUACUGGGGACAAGUUGGAUGACGACGACUUGGUCCUGAUUGUGGACGCCUACGAUGUCUGGUUUCAACUGCCUCCGAACAUGCUGUUGCAUCGAUACCACGAGAGUAACAAAAGGGCAAACGCUCGACUUGCCGCGCAGUGGGGAUCCGCCGGCAUGCCUAUGAAACAAACGAUUGUUGUCUCGGCCCAGAAACGAUGUUUUCCUACGAAAAAGGAGGGCUCCAACCUUCAUUGCGACGCUCUGCCUGAGAGCGACCUACCAGCCGAUGCCUACGGCGCGAAGACCGACACCAAUAUCAAUGACUACCACACUGUCCGACCGCGUUAUAUGAACAGCGGGAGCUUCAUGGGACCGGCCGGAGAUAUGAAGCGGUACUUCCGACGCGUGAAAGAAAGAUUAGAAAAGGGACUGGCAGAAGAUUUGCCGUUUCCUGGAGAUCAAGGCAUCUUUGCGGAGAUUUUUGGCGAGCAGGAGGUUUGGCGACAAUGGCGACGAGAUUUCCAUGCCUCUCCUAUGGGAGAUGUCAUGCCCGACAACGAAGGUGCGGCUUUCAUGCAAAGGGACGUCGAAUUCCAUGUUGGGCUCGACUACACCCAAGAUCUCUUCUUGCCUACAGUCUACGAGGAAAACGACGGCCGGUUCAUUUCGCUCAACAACAAAUCAGUCAUCGAACAGCACUCGUCCAAAUUGGGCAUCUCGCCCGUCCAUCUCCUCGGUGUUCCGAAGGAUUUGGUUAACACCUAUAACCCGCUUGCAGACAUUCUCCCAGAUGCCAAUUGGGGGGAUAUGCCCUUGUAUGCGGACUUUUUCACAGCAGCCGUGCCUGUGGUUUUACACCACAACGCAUGGAAGGACGGAGUGAAGAAACGGCGGAUCUGGUGGUGGGAUCAAACUUGGUACUUUCCGCAUCUUCGACAAUUGCUCGAGUUGCACAUGAAGCCGGGCAAGCUAAGACCCUUGGCAAAGCUGCCUGCUCGCAGCGGGUACUUGGAAUACUUUGCACCCAGGUCGGAUGCACAAAUGAGAAAACCUAGGGCGUUCAAUCGGGACACGGUCAAGACGGGAUUCACUGAGAUAGAGCUGAAUGCAGUGUGUCGGUACGAAGACGAGACGAAGGACUCGGAGGAACAUUGGUACAAUGAGGUGUUCAGGGAUAACAAAGGCCCAAUGUAG